CUCUAGUGCUAUGAAAUCAAAGCAGGGGAAGGGGCAAGUAGUCCCUCAGAUGGAGAGGGGAAACCUUCCAAGGACACAGACAGUAGCUUUUCGACAGGUUUCAUGAACGCUGAAUGCAGCCGGUGCGCUCAAGGCGUUCCUGAGCACGGCACAGACAUUAAACUACCAGCGAUUCCCCGCCAGCUCUGAUCCUUCCUGAGCUGCGCAUUAGCGGAAAGUUGGGCUUCCUGUUGCUGUCGCCUGCGGUCCGGGAGUGAAUCAAAACUGACUCCGCGAUCUCUGGCUGAGCCUGUGCCUCGCAGCCGCUCGUCUGCGCAUGAGUCGCCGCGGGAGGCUCCGCGGCUGGAGUAUUUCAGGGGCUGGGCAGCGGGAGAAGAUGCUCAGUGCCUGAAGGCGGCCGUGCGCCCGUCGCAGGGGGACCCGGAGAGGGCACCGGCGCGGGGGGCACAGCAGCCUGAAGGCAGCGCGGCUCGGCCGUCGGGGCAGGUCCCGCUUCAGCACCGCGGACAGCGCGCAGCGAGCACCGCGCUUCGGCUCCGGGCCCCGCUCCCCACUCCCGCGGCCGCGCUCCCCGCUUCCCCCGGCCCCGCUCCCCCGACUCCACUCCCCCGGAGCCCCGACCCCUCUCCCCGGCUCCGAUUCCCGGGUGCCCCGACCUCACCCCUACCUCCGGCUCGGGUCCCCGGUUGCCCCGUCCCCAAUUAGCCCGGACCCCGCUACCCCGCUUUCUGGCACCGCUACCCAGGUAUCCCGGUUCCGCUUCCCCGCGGGAGCUCUCCCCUCUGCCCCGGCUGUCAGCCCGCCCAGCCCCGUUCCCCUCUCCCCUCUCUCUGCACCUUCCUCUCUGCUCCCCGCCCCCUGCUCCUCUCCCUACACCCCUCUGCCUCCGGCUCCUCUCCCCGCUCCCCCGGCCCCCUGUCCCCCGGUCCGCGCCGCCGGCAACAUGCGCGGGCGGCCGCGGGCGGCGGCAGGCGAGGCUGCGGUGCCGGCUCGGAUGCCUCCUUCCUCCUGCCCUCGUCUGCUCCAGGCGACCCGCUGAGAGAUGGACUUGGCAGGCGUGCUGCUGGCGUUGCUCCUCGUGCUGGUGCUGGUUGUCUCUCUGCUCUCCAACCUCCUGGUGCUGCUAUGCUUCGUCUACAGUACGGAGAUCCGCAAGCAGGUCGCCGGGGUUUUCCUGGUGAACUUAUCCUUUUGCAACCUGCUCCUCACCGUCCUGAACAUGCCUUUUACCCUGCUGGGGAUCCUGAGGAGCCAGCAACCCCUCGGGGGCUGCGUCUGCAAGGCAGUGGGUUUCCUGGAAACUUUCCUGACUUCCAACACGAUGCUGAGCAUGGCAGCACUCAGCAUCGACAAAUGGAUUGCCGUGGUGUUCCCCUUAAGCUACACCAGCAAAAUGCGGUAUAAGGACGCAGUGAUACUGAUGGGCUACUCGUGGCUCCACUCCCUCACGUUCCCCUUGGUAUCUUUGUUUUACUCGUGGGUAGAUUACAGCAGCGUUUAUGCCUCUUGCACCUUGCACCUGAAGGAAGAGACGGAACGGAGAAGGUUUACAGUGUUCACCAUCGUCUUUCACUCCACUAGUUUCAUGCUGUCGCUGGUGAUCUUGUGUUUCACCUACUUAAAGGUGCUGAAAGUUGCCCGGUUCCACUGCAAGCGGAUAGACAUUAUCACCAUGCAGACAUUGGUUUUACUGGUGGAUAUACACCCCAGUGUGAAGCAGCGUUGCCUUAAUGAGCAGAAGCGGAGGAGGCAACGGGCUACUAAGAAAAUCAGUAUUUUUAUAGGGUCGUUCGUGAUCUGUUUUGGUCCUUACAUUAUCACCAGGUUGAUAGAGCUCCUUCCUUUUGUUACCAUAAAUUACUACUGGGGAGUUAUAAGCAAGUGCCUCACCUACAGUAAGGCUGCAUCAGAUCCAUUUGUUUACUCGCUUUUACGUCAACAAUACAAAAAAGUUCUGAUCAACAUUGUCAAUAGGAUACUCAAGAGGGACCUGUAUCCAUCAUCGGGGUACAACAGCUCUCUCGACACUGAAAAUGAUUACUGCUUGCACAGAACAAACUAACAGUAUGAAAAGCAUUCCCCUUUGAGUGAGACAGGUGUUUGCCGCUGCUGGGAAGCUGCCUUUUCCCUCUUGUGCUCACAGUGGUGACAGUGUCUUCAAGGUGUGAAAGCUGCAUUAAUGUGAUGCAGUUCGUUGUGGACUUUUCCCUGGUCUGCAGCCAAGUACAAUACAUGGCAAAGCCUUGACCCUGAGUGAGCGGAGUUGCUUGAGGGUUUUGAGAGAGCCUUUGGAUGCUUUAGAGAAGCUUAGAGAGCUUUCAUUUGUCUCAUGUCUGAAGACUUGGUAUAUUUUGGAGCGUCCCACUUCAGGUGUGAUAUUCCAGCAUCUUCUGGGACAGCAGGAAUCCCCAGGUUGGAAGGAGAGGUAUAGAGUCCUCUGUGCUGUGCAUGUAACUUGGCAGCCGUGGAUCUGCUCUGUUAGUUUCAAACAUUUCAAAUAAGUCUUUUAAUUGAUUGAUUUAUUGUAUUGGUGCCUCAAAUGAGUGAUAUGGGUCAGCACUUUGAAUCUGAGAUUGUUAUUAUUUAUUACUAGGCAUCAUGAUUGUAACAUAGCCUUUAGGAAGUGGUACCUAUAUUUGAUAUGCCAGUAUUCUAUCAAGCAUAACCAAAGUCCACAUAUCUGAGUUACUACUAUUUAGCACUUCAGUGGUAUGUGAUUACAAUAAUUACAGCAACAGUAACAAAGACAUAUAUGGAAUUAAGUUAAAUCACACUGUAGUUCCAUUGCUGAGCUAGUAGUCCUGUUCAAACAAGCUUUUAUUGAGAAAAAAACAAUUAGACAGUAGAAGUGGCAGAUACCGCUGUGUUUAAGGUCUAUUACUUCAGAAGCUGUUUUCAAAGAACAAGCUAAAAUAUAUUAAUUCUUUUUAAGGGACAAUUAAUGUGUAAAAUAUUUCAUGCAUCGGCUAUAUUUGGUGGAUUGUAAUAAUAUUGUACAAUCUUUUAUUUCAUAAUGAUCAGUUAAUCUGGUGAUUUUAAUGGAUAUCAGGAGAUGUCUGAGAAUUAUUAUAGCAGACCUGCUGCCAAAUGCCCAGAAACACAAAGCUGCUUUAUUAUUACAUGUAUUUUUCUCUUUUAUUUAUUUUUAAGUCUAAACAGGCUUUGGAAAAUGUGGGAAUUAUUUUUGAACAAUAUUCCUUUGAUUAUAUGAGACUUGAAUCAAAGUAUUCUGUGGCAUUCAAUAAGCUGCUAUUUUCUAAUUGAGUACAUAAGGGGAAAAUUAAAGCAACUCUAAAGUAUAUUUUAAGAAAAAAAGAAGUAAGAAGAUAGUAAAGAACACUUAUUUUUUGUGUAACAAUGGACUUGACCCGAUUAAGCAUUGAGAAGGCUAUUUUUGGUCAAACUAACCGUAUAAGCAUGUGAUUAGGCCCAAAUAUAAUUUCCUUUGAAGUUAACAGCUCUGUUCCCAUGCUGAAAAUUAAGUACCUGCUUAACUGUUUUGUAAAAUCACUGUUGAGCAUUCAGCACAUGGAGAGGGAUGUUCCCACCAUCCACAAUGAGGAAGGAGAGCGUCUAAUUGCAAUCCCACUGAAGUCAAGGGAAGGUGAUGCUGCAUAACAAUUACAAUGUUCUCUUAUCUCCUACUUUUAAUCUCUGAGGCCUUUCUGAUGCUUUUUUUUUUUUCUGCCAUGCAAGUACCUUAUGCCUCUGUGUUUUGCAUCUAUAGUUCUGCCUGUGUUUAAAUUGAAUGUACUAUAAUGGUUUUGUCUUCUUAGUAAAGUAUUUGUACUCUCUCCAAUUUUGUGUAAAUACAGUAUUUCAGAAAAAAAAAAAAAACAUGUUGUCUAUGGAAUCUUUCCAGUUUUACUAUCUUCCUUUCUUCCUUCACACACCUCCCCUUCUGCCACCUGAUGCUUCAAUCUUUCAUUUCAGCUGCGACAUAAGGGCCAUGGAUGUUAAAUUUUCGGUUAUUUUUUGGUCAGUUUUGUGCCAAAAAGUUUUGAUAGUCUGAAGCAUUUAAAUGUGAAUAAACACGAGUUUAUGAU